AUGUCAAACUUUGCGGACCAACAGCAGCGAGGCCAGCAGAUCGGCGUCUUGCCAACGUUUCCAAUGCCUCUGCCUGCCACGCGCCGCUCGUCCCCAUAUUGUCUUAAAUAUCCGGCUCCGUACGGUGGCUACAUGCCUCCAACUCCUCCAACACCUCACGUCAGUAAUGGCUGUCCGACUCAUGGGUCAUCAGCAGCGAAGACCAACGAGUCAACGCAGCAGCACUUCCAGCCGCUCAAUAGCAAUGGCCAAUAUUACGGCUCAUUGAAUCAUGGUUACGUAAAUCCUCCCAAUGGUAUCCAGCUGCAGCAGACCCCUCAAACGAACCUACCUGGCCAGGACGCAGCCUGGUGGCUGCGAACAAAUCAGAAUGAGGAAUUGGUUCGGAAUUAUCACCAGUUGGCAGCUCAGCAGCACCAUCACGCAGUGACUGGACAGAACAGGCCGCCCCAACCGCCUCAACCGCCUCCUCGUCAGCACACACAGAAUCUCACCGCUCAGAACUGGGAGUUUCCAUCCCAUCGUCUUUACUCGUCCUCGUACGACUCCAAGGAUCAGGGAAUGGCACACUACAUGCAGUCUCAAGCCUAUCCGCUAUUCCAUACCAAUAUGGCUCACCGGGACUUCCCACAUCAUAACCCACGCUUGGGUAACCAAGACCAAUCUUUGACUCAACCCGAAUCGACACCUCCGAGCGAUCAUGUCAAUCCUAUAGCUCAUCCAAAUAGUGACUUAGUGUCUUUGACUGGAGGUCAAGAGCUGUCCCCCUCUCUUGAGACACCAGCAGCUUCCCAGACUAGCACUUAUCGAGCCCCUGUUGCUGUCAUGACCGAAAUUCAUCGAGUACCUGCCGAGUACUCCGACUUCUUACAAAGGGUGCAGUCACAGCCUAGUCUCGCUGAAAUGCAGGGUUUAAGGCAGCAACGCCUGCCAAAGAACCAGAAUGGUCAGCAGUCCCGGAUCUCCAACAGUCAUCGUCGUGUACCGUCACGCAGUGGCAACAGUGGUAUAAAGCCUCACAAGCCAGAGCGUAAGGUGCAAAAGCCCAUUAGCUUGGCCUAUGUACAAGCAGAGAGAAGGUGGAAGCGUCAAAUGAAGAUGCAUAAGGAUCUAAAGGAUUCUCAGCACGUUCUCGAGAAGACAAUUGACCACAAUGCUCAGGAUAUCAAGAGCAGUCCUCAGUCACAGGAUACUCGCAGUACUCUGAUAUCCCAGCAGACCCAACAUCUUCAACAGACUCAGGACAUUCAAGGCACCCCAAAGCCUCAUCCGAAGCAAGUACAAAACGCUCAAAAGACACAGGUCGGCCCGGAUUCUGGGCAAAUGCAAAUUGUCCAAGAGAAGCAGAUUGCCCAAAAGCCUCAGCAUGUGCAAAGCGUUCAGGAUACACAGACUUCCCACGACCCUCUUGAGCUUGAGCUUCGGACUCCAUCACAGCAAGAACAUAAUUCUCAACAGACAUGUAUGAUCCUCAAUCCUGAGCAAGUGCAAGGCGUCCAAGCGACACCGAUCGCCCAUAGCACUCCUCAGCCCCAACGAACGCGAAACAGUCAGGAGACACAUGUCGCAAAGGACACUGCCCAAAAUCAGUCCUCCCCUCAGCAAGAGAAGAUCUCUCAACCGACACAGAUCGACCCCGAUCUUGAGCAAGUGCAAAACAUCAAAGAGACAGCGGUCGAAACCGUCGUCCAAGAGACACAGAUCGAAACCGCCCAAAAGACACAGGCCACAAAUGUCGACGAGACAAGGAUUGUCCCUGACGAUCCUCAGCUACAGCAAGCACAAAGCGCCCAGGAGAUGCCAAUCGUCCAAGAGACACCUCGUUCUCAGUCUGCGCAAGAGCAAAACACUUCGGAGACACAGAUCUUCUCACAAAUUCCGCAAGUACAGACCAUCCAAGGGGCACAGGCUGUCACCGAUGCUUUUGAGUUACAUCAAGUGCAGAAUCCUGAAGAUCUUCAACCGUUACAGAGCUUCCAGGGUAUACCCCAGCCUCAAGAAGUGCACCAUACUCAAGGGCAACAGAACAUCAACGACGUUUGUCAGCCCCAAGAAGCUGAGAACCUUCAACAAUUGCAAGACUCUCAUCUUGAACAACACUUUCCUCAUGACCUAUCCGUUCCGCAGGAUCUGUUCAUUCAACAAGAUUCAGUUUUUCAGCAGGAUCCAUUCUUCCAGCAGGAUCCGUUUCUCCAACAGGAUCCGAUCUUUCAGCAGGAUCCAUUCUUUCAACAAGAUUCUUUCUUUCAACAAGAUCCUUUCUUCCAACAGGAUCCUUUCUUCCAACAGGAUUCUUUCUUCCAACAGGAUUCUUUCUUCCAACAGGAUCCUUUCUUCCAACAGGACCCGAUCUUUCAGCAGGAUCCGAUUUUUCAGCAGGAUCCAAUCUUUCAACAGGAACCGCUCAUGCAACAGGCUCCGUACUUUCCACAAGAACCGUACUUCUUACAGCAACAGUACUUCCCGGAGCAACUGCACUUUGCAGAGCAACAGUUCUCGCAGCAACAGUUCUCGCAGCAACAGCUCUCGCAGCAACAGUUCUCGCAGCAACAGCUCUCGCAGCAACAGUUCUCGCAGCAACAGUACUUUCCACAGGCCCAGGAUUUCACACAGACCCAGAACUCGCAGAACUUCUUCCCGCCUGAGCAAGCGCAAAACUUCCAAGAGAAUCCGAACUUUCUCCAAUCUCAGCAUGUGCAGAACUUUCCACAGACCCAGGACUAUCAACAGAGUCACGACCUGCAACUCGCCCAGAACUUUCAGCUUGCUCAAAACUUUCAACACGCCCAGAGCAUCCUCCAGCCUGGCCGAGCGGAGAACUUUCAACAAGUUCCGCACUUGCUUCAGCCUCAGCAACUGCCCAAUGUACAACACCCACAGACAUUUCAAGAGGCACAAGUUCCUCAACAGGCACAGAACUUUGGAAGUACCCCUCAGUUUCAGCCUCAGCAAAUUCAGACCGUUCAACAGGGACAGACCGUCCAGCCUACUGUCCAAUUGCAGGGUCCCCAACAACUUCCGCCUACGGUUACUGUAGAGUCGACAUCCCAGCCUAAGUUCGGACAGCAAGGUCUACCAACGCACAAUGUGCAGUGUGAUCCUCAAUCUGUGGAUGUCUCGCUUGCGCUGCAAAUGCACAACACGCAGGAAGAUCUUCCACCACCGUCCAAGAAACGCACUGCACAUGGGACCCAUGAUCGCUCGGGUCCCAGUAGCCAGCAUACUGUACAAAACCAGCAUGGUCAUCGUAUUCCUCAGGGCCACAGCGGCCAGCCUCUCCAAUUCGACAAGAAGGCGCAUGUGGCUUGGCACCUGGCGGCGAAGCAGCGUGCGGAACGUUUGGCUGAGAAGGAGCGUGCGGAACGGUUGGCUGAGAUCGCACAGACAGCUCCCAUGUACAAUGGACCUCGCUGGAAAAUGAUGCCGAGCAGCAGGAAGGCUCCUGCAAAGAAAAGCGGACCGGGACAACAGAAAGCCAGCAUCUCGGAAGGAACAUGGGGUCCACCUGUUUUCAUGAACCCCAUGAAGUCGACAACGCCUUCAGCCCAUGCGCCGUCGAGCUAUUGUCCUCCGCCAGCGAUGGCACAGCCCAAGCAGGCGUCAUUCGACGCUAAGGCACAUGACAGCUUCCAUGAGGCGGAGAAGGAACUCUAUUGGAAGAUCAAAAGGGAUGAGCAUGACGAAGAGCUGCAAUGGGCGGCCAUGCAAAGUUCCACUCCAGCUCAGCAGAGUUCCAGUCAAGCUGGGACUCGGCCAAAGGUGGCUCCAAGGAGCAGGAAAUCUCAGGCGAAAGGGCCCGAGGAUCCAUCUCACACAGACUCCACGUUGGCACCGUCUAGUCUGGACAAGUCUGUCGAGAGGAAACCUGGAAGUCCGACGCCGAAGAAGCGAGCUAUCUGCGAGGCUGGAGCGCCUGGGUUCAAGGAGGGGGUGCCAGCGGCUGCAACAGGGACUAAGAAGCAACAGAUGUCUUCGGCGCGCAUCAGCACACAGUCUGGCGAGACUGUCCCGCAGUUUGCACCUGAGCCAGCUCCAAAUUACGUCGAAGUCAGCACUGGCCGUGCUGCUUGGUUUGACCCGGAUCUCGGGUCUUUCAAAGUCGGUCAGAAGAACUUCACUGCGUACGAAAAGUUCGACGAGAUGUGGAUGACCGACGCGGAGAGGGAUCAGGGGUGGGUCCAUCCAGAGCCUUCUGAGAACCAGUCGCGAAAGUUCGUUACGGUGACGACGGAGUCUGGACGUAUCCUCUCUGGUGAGGAAUGGGAGGUUGAUAUGCUCAGCAAGGUGGCCACGCUGAUGGAUGCUCCGGCCGGCCAUCCUGAUGCCUUUGUGCCAUCUACAUUCGAGACCACUGCUUUCCAACAGUAG